CACCCUCCCACCUUCACUGCCAAUGUUCUCCAGUUGAUUGCGCACGACAAGAGGACGUUUCACAUGCAGACACUUCGCGUCCCCUUCAUUGUCCACAGCACAUGCGAAUACAUCCGAGAACACGGGUUAACUGUGCAUGGAAUCUUCCGCAUCACCGGAGCAGCACGCAGAAUCAGAAUGAUCAACGAGGCGUUUGAGGCCGGAGAGCGGCCAGACUACGACGGCAUCCGCCCUGCAGACGUCACGUCUGUGCUCAAGUACUUUCUCCGCCAGAUGCCCGAGCCACUGCUCACCACCAGCCUCUAUCGCGCGUUCCUCGAUGUGCCCCAGCUCGACAGUGCCGUGCAGUUGCGUGCGCUGCGGCUGCUGUGCAGUCUUCUGCCCAUGGAGCACCUGGAGGUGUUGCGCACGCUGCUCGCCCUCCUCAACGACAUUGCCAUCCGCGCACACGAGACUGGCGGAUCCGAGAUGGACAGCCACAACCUUGCCGUCAUCAUGGCGCCAAACAUCCUGCGACAGGCGGCCUCUGAUGUGGCUGCGAGCUCAAAGCAGCGGGCGCGAUCACGUAGCAUCGACCAGCGCACACUCAUGUUCUCCGAGGACGCCUCAAAGAAGGUGGACCAGGAAUCCUAUGCUGUCGAGCUUGUGGAAAUGCUCAUCGACUACAACGAACACAUCUUUGUGAUCCCGCCAAAUCUGCGCGACGAAGUGCUGCAGCAUCACCAGUACGACAGCCCAAACAUGGUGCUCAUGAUCAUCACGGGGCUCGUGCGGGCACAGGCACGCCUGCUCCCGCCCUCGCCACCCAGCACCCCGGCUGCCGUGCGUGAUUCUGUGGGCAGUUUGCCUAGCACGGCCGCCGCCACGACCGGCAGUGGGCAGAUCCGCUGGUCGUCGCUCUUCCCUGGCAGCAGCACUGCCACGUCACGCAUGCAGACACCAGACUCGCUCGCAUCAAGUCGACGCGCCAGCACAGCAGCACACGCGCCCAUGUCACCAUCGCGACUGCGUGAUGCUCCGAGGGCGGGCACAGGCGCAGGUGCAGCGCACAACGGCAUCAAUGUUCGUGUUGAUGAUGACUGUGCUGCUGCUGGUGAUGAUGAUGAUGACGGUGACGGUGAUAACAGUUUCAGUGGCCAUAACCGUCUGCGGCCCGGCGCACAGCAGCAGCCAACCCCACAUGGCGGGGGUGACGUUGACCUGCACCGGGUGUCGCACAUGGCUGUUGCUGGUGUGUCAUCACAACUCUCCUCUGCGCGCGCGUCUCUCGAUUUUGACAACGGCAGCAACGGCAACCAGCGGAAAGGUGGCCGCAGCAAUGCAAUCCCCAACAACGGCAACAGCAGCACCAGUGCCGGCGUCAACAUGAAGCAGCAGCUCAUGGCUGAUGGGAUGCGCUUGAACAACACCAUUGUGAACAACAACAGCAGCACCAAAUUGCCGGACCACACACUGAUGCGCGCCAACUCAGACGCAUCCGCAGACAGCGAGCUUGCGGCCCUGUGUGUCACCAACCACCACCAGCGCCACCUCCAGCAGGAGCAGCAGCAGCAGCAGCAGCAGCAGCAGAAGGGGCACCGUGCACAUCCAUUGCAAUACGUACAGGACACGUAUGCGACGCAAGACCUCGGUACUGAUGAGGACUACGGCGACGACGACAACAACAACAACAACAACAGUGGCAGCAGUCAGCACACGCCACACAUGCGCGCGAAUGCACAGCAUGACCACCACUACCAGCAAUAUCAACUGCAGCAGCAGCAGCAUGCUGUGAGCGUGGACGCGAGUGAGAGCGACGACUUCAGUGCAACGUUCAAGGAGAUGAUGCCGGCGACUGUCCCCUUGCGUCAGGGGUCCUCUGAGCAAGUGGGCGGUGCUGGUGUGAGGCAGUCGUACAUGCACGCGCUGCGUGGCGUCAACACAGACUCCACCUACUCCACCGGCACGGCGACAACAGCCUCGUCCAACGCAUCGUCCACCACGGCUGACUGGCGCGAGCACGUGCGACAGCUCGAUGCGGACAUGCAGCGGCAGCAGCAACAGGCAGCGGGCGCGCGCGGCGGUGGUGUGGCGGCGUUCCAAACCUCCAGCGCCAGCGCUGACAGCACUGGUGAUGGCGACGUUGGCGAUAAGCUGCUGCAGGAGCUUGCGGCUGCGUGGGACACGGCCGUGUCGCGUGCAUCCCCGAGCGUCACCAGCCAGCACUCGUACCAGCAGCAACAGCAGUCCCAUGGUCGUGGAUCCACCGACUCGCCUCGCAGCAGCAACGGCGGUAGCGGUAUGCACGUGAGCGCGCAGCUGCCGUUCUCACCCGACACCAUGAUUGCAUAUGGGCCACGCGGCCGCCCGCAGCAGCGACGACGCCAACACCAGCAGCAGUUUGGUGGUGAGCAGUACAGCAGCAGCCCACUGCGUCCCAAUGCCCAGCAGGAUGCAAUGCAGGCAGCACCCACCUCCGCUGCCAUGCCGCCGCACUUGAACAAGAACGCCCGGCACGACCCGUAUCUCGAUGGCGCCGUGGCCAGCGGUGAACUGCACACGUGUCGCUCAUCGUCAAACUCCAGUCCAGGCGUUGAACAGCAGAACCUCCUCCUCCAACAGCAGCAACAACAGCAGCAGCAGCAGCAACAGCAGCAGCAGCAAGAGGCCGGUGUUGUGUUGAGCCACCGUCCUCCGGCGUAUAUGGAGCGAUUCGGACAAUCCACAGACCACAGUGGCGACGCGAAUGGUGACAAUCACCCGCACCAGCCGUACAUUCUCAACACCACGCCCCCUCGCCAACAGCACCAACAGCAGCAGCAACAACAGCAACAACAGCAACAUGUGCGCACGCCCGGUGUGACGCGGGAGAGCUUUGAUGCCGCGCUGCAAUCUCGUCAUCAAUCAACAGCAGCGACACUCAACCAUCCACCGCCAUCUCACCAGGACAGCGGACACAACGCCAGCGCUGUGGCGGGGACAGACGGGCAUCAGCGCAGUGGCGAGCGUGGGAGAGGGACAGCACGGCCCGUUCUCGCCGCUCGCAGCCGCUCUGGUCGUCUCGUUGUCCUUCGUCGUGCCUCGGGCGUUGCGCUUGGGGACAACAACACCCACCACGGCACUGUCGUGUAGACAAGCACGGUGCUGCUUGGCACGCUGUGAUCUGGUGCCUUGUCGCCCAUGCACUUGCUGCUGUGUGUGUGUGUGUGCGUGUGUGUGUGUGUGUGUUUUGUGCACACGUGUGCGCUGUUCUGCCGCCUGUGGCUCGUUUGCUCCUGUAAAAUAUAUUUGCUGUGACCGAACGCAUUGUUCCUGUUCUUUCUGUUCUCGUGUCCAUAACCCCAUCCCUUUUUUCAAUGUGCAGGCUUUUCCUGCCACCUGCUUCUUCCCAGUUGUUAUCCGUGCUUCCUUUCCUCGGCUAGUUGUUCAAGUUCGUCGUGUCAGCAAUCAUGCGGUCACUGUGGCGCUGUCAUGCGGUGACUGUGGCGCUGUCAUGUUUCUUUGGGCGGUGCCACUGUUUCAACCUGGUGCUCUGCCUUGCUGUUCUUCGGCUUGGUUGGCUCUUGUCCGUCUUUGUCUUGUUCACGUCAUAUCGCUUCGAGUUUUGCUCGCUUCCGCGUCGGUCCGUCGUGUUACGCUUCAUUCAUUCCCCCAUUGAGAUUGGUUACAGCUGGCUCGCUUGAUCCACGCAUGCAUUGGAUGCUUCCAUUGUUGUUUGCCGGGAUGUGUGCUGGUCAUUUUGCCGCUUGUGAUUGCCUGGUUUCUUCCGCCAUUGAUGUCGUUUGUUCACCUUGUUUGUUCAUGUUGUUUGCUUCUCCCUUACCCCCUCCAAUUCUUGUCCACCUUGCCUGUCCCAGAAAGCCCGCUCUCAGACAAUAAACAAACAUUCCCGA